AUGAGUAAUUGGUUAGGGUUCUCUCUGACUCCGCACCUGAGAAUGGAUGAUGAUCAUGAAGCUUUUGGGAGAGAAGACCAAGGACCAAAUUGUUUCUCUCCUCACUUGUCUGUCAUGCCUUUGCGCUCUGAUGGCUCUCUCUGUGUCAUGGACCCUUUCAGGCGCUCUGAUGGUGGUGAAGAUUGGAGAUUUGAGAACAGUAUGGGUGCAAGUGAUCCAAACACAGAGGGACCAAAGCUGGAAGAUUUCUUGGGUUGUUGCUACACAAACUCUGCUCAUGAAGACACCAAAGUUUAUAGCCAAACAAGAGAAGAUAGAAUCAAUGUUAAUGCACCACCAAACUUCAAUAACACUACUAAUGGUGGUGGAGAGAUUGAAAGAGGAGAGUCUACUCUCACUGACCCAUCUCAAUUGAUCCAACCUUACCAUUACAAUGACAACCCACAAAGUAGUACUAUGAUCCAAACACCCCAAAUCCAGAGCUGCCAUCCAAACACCAACCAUGGUAAUCACAUCUACCAUGUACCAUUUGAUCAUAAUAGUGCAGCUAAUUCAGUUUCUGAGUUCAAGUCAUGGUUGCGCCAAACACCAUUCUCAGAGGAGAAGCCUUUGGGUGAAGCAAGUAAGAGUAAUUUCCAGUCUCUGUCACUAACCAUGAGUCCAAGUCAGCCCCCGGGUAUGGUGGUGACUCCGGCUUUGCCGCCCACGGAGGGCCUAAAACGGCCGGCCGGAAAAAUUCGGGUUAGAGAACCAGUUGUUCGGAAAUCUAUUGAUAGUUUUGGCCAAAGAACUUCUAGGUACCGAGGUGUCACGAGGCAUCGAUGGACUGGAAGAUAUGAGGCCCAUUUGUGGGACAACAGUUGCAGAAAAGAAGGACAAACAAGGAAAGGAAGGCAAGUAUAUCUGGGUGGCUAUGAUAAGGAAGAUAAAGCAGCUAGAGCUUAUGAUUUGGCUGCCUUGAAGUAUUGGGGUCCAGCUACUCAUAUUAAUUUUCCUCUAAGCACAUAUGAAAAAGAGGUUGAAGAGAUGAAGAACAUGACCAGACAAGAGUUUGUUGCCAACCUAAGAAGGAAAAGCAGUGGAUUUUCAAGAGGGGCCUCUAUGUACAGAGGAGUGACUAGACACCACCAGCAUGGAAGGUGGCAAGCUCGAAUAGGCAGAGUUGCAGGCAACAAAGACUUGUACCUCGGCACAUUCAGUACACAAGAGGAGGCUGCUGAGGCCUAUGAUAUUGCAGCAAUUAAGUUCAGGGGAACCAGUGCUGUGACCAAUUUCGAUAUCAGCAGGUACGACGUGAAGAGAAUUUGCUCAAGCUCGACUCUCAUAGCCGGUGACCUUGCCAAACGUUCCUCCAAGGACUCUGCUCCGACUUCGCUAGAGGACUACAAUUCAUGUGCUUCAUCGGCUUCUCCACAACCACCUAUCCUUGCCAUAACAAAUGGUGAACCCUCUGUUGAUCAAUUGACUGAGAUGGUGUGGAAUGCCAACGCCGAGAUUGAAAAUCAGCAGCAACAGAAUACAAAUGCCAACAAUGAGCUAUUGGCGAUCGGCUCAAGCAGUGCAAACUCAUCUGCACCGGGAAGUCCAAAGGGGCAGGGCGGAUUGAGUGGUGAGUUUGGAGUUGGAGGAGAUUUCUCCGAGGCCUAUUUCUCGUUGCAGGGACCGAAGUAUGGAGAUGGCAACAAUGGGAGUGUUGGUGUUCAUGCGAGCGCCAAUCGGCUAGGGAACAAUUUGGGUUUGGUUCAUCAGGUCCCCAUGUUUGCACUGUGGAAUGAGUGAGACUGAUAAGGGUGGAUGUAGGUUUAGGAACACAGAUCAAUUUUAGAGAAAGUGGCUCACAGAAAGAAGGAAGGUAGUUUUGCUUGUUUUGACAUGGCUAGACUCUGACAUUCUUAGGUGUAACAUACCCCAUGUUUGUUUAACUGAUUUUGAUGUUUCUUAGACAAAUCAGAGGAAGAUGGAGA